AUGAGCCUUCCCUCUCUCUUUCGAGUGGGCGAUUUCGGUUGUUUUAGGGGGAAGGUUGGUUGAUGACGGAGGUCAGGCACGUUGGGCAAGGACUUGCGUGCGCGCAGGUUUCGCAAACAUCUUGUAGUGUUGUGACGGCUGCUAUUGAGUGAACACGCUGUGAGUGCUGUGUGCAAUUUUGUACGUUCGAAAGUGAUGUGUAUACACGAAAGGGCUUAAACAAGAAAGAUUAACGCGCCAAAAUGGGGAAAGGAGAAAAAAAGUCCACCAUUAUUUUGGAUAAUUUUAAUUCAACGGCGGAUCUAGCUGGUAAUCCAGGUUUUCAGUCUACAUUGAGCUUGGGCUCAAAAGAAGUCAUCAAUGAAAAGGAAUACAACCCUUUUGAGCACAGAAAUGUUGCGCAUCCCAAUUCGACCAUUGGAUCCCUGGUGCAUUUGCUAAAAUCUUCACUCGGCUCAGGCAUCCUGGCGAUGCCGAACGCUUUCAAAAACGCGGGUCUUGCGGCAGGCGCCCUCGGCACUAUCAUAGUUGGGUUCAUCUGUACACACUGUGUUUAUAUAUUGGUGCGGACGUCUCAAGAAGUAUGCGUGGAUGCAAAGAAACCCUCCAUGGGUUUCGCGGAGACGUGCGGCGCAGCGUUCCAGUACGGACCGAAGAAGUUGCGGCCGUGGGCCGGUUUCGUUACGACGGUUGUGGACUACGCCCUGACGGUGACAUACCUUGCGGCGCUCUGCGUGUACAUUGUGUUCAUUGCGGAAAAUUUCAAAGAGGUACUAGACGAGUACGUGCCAGAUUACAAGCUGUCGGUAGAGACGUACUGCGCUCUGACCCUCGUCCCCUUAGUCCUGAUCUGCCAAAUCAGGAACCUGAAGUGGCUGGUCCCCUUCUCGGCCGUCGCCAACGUGCUGCUUGUCAUCUGCUUUGCCAUCACUAUGUACUACAUCUUCAGCGAUCUGCCUAACCCUAAGGAACGGGUCAUGGUGGCUAGGGUUACCCAGUGGCCUUUGUUUAUUAGUACAGUGAUCUUCGCGAUGGAGGGCAUCGGAGUGGUGAUGCCCGUAGAAAACGAGAUGGCGAAGCCGCAGCAGUUCCUGGGCUGCCCAGGGGUGCUGAAUGUCGCCAUGACUAUUGUCAUUUCCCUGUACGGCAUCGUCGGGUUCUUUGGUUACAUGAAAUAUGGGGACGAAGUGAGGGGGAGCAUUACGUUGAACUUGCCGCAGGAUGAAGUCUUGGCACAGAGCGCGAAGAUCCUAAUGGCUCUGGCAAUCCUAUUCACAUACAGUCUACAGUUAUAUGUGCCCAUGGAGAUGAUCUGGAGAGUGGUCCACAACAAAAUAUCCGUCAGAUAUCACAACAUCACGCAAAUCUGCAUCCGGACUGCUGCUGUCGUUGGCUCAGUUGCCCUAGCAGCAGCCUUCCCAAAUCUGGAGCUCUUCAUCAGCCUCUGCGGCGCCAUCUUUCUGUCGACCCUCGGCCUCCUGACGCCAGCCAUCGUGGACACCGUCCACAACUGGGACCGAGGACUUGGCAGGUUCAACUGGAAGUUAUGGAAAAACAUGUUCAUCGGCCUGAUAUCCCUAGUAGCUUUGUUCGCUGGUUCUUAUAAGAGUAUCAGCGACAUGGUCGCUAAAUAUGGACAGAGUGAGCACUUGGAGAUGACUAUGAAUUUAAAUAUGACCAGUGGUAAUGGGACUUGGGUGUCAUAAAACUAUU